AUGGCCACUAGGCGUCUGACCGAUGCCUUCUUGUUAAUGCGGAACAAUGCAAUCCAAAACCGGCAGAUAUUGGCUGAGCAAGUGAGUACAUACGACCCUCGUCUGAGUACACGUAGCAAUGCUGCGUUGGCAGAUGACCGAAUGGCUCUGGUGUCCGGGAUCAGUCUGGAUCCCGAAGCCGCCAUCGGAGUCACCAAAAAACUUCCUCCCAAAUGGAUCGAGGGGGUGGAUGAGAUCCAUUAUGAAAUCAGACGGAUCCGAGAGAAGAUGAAGGAACUGGCCUUACUUCACGACAAGCACAUGAACCGACCCACACUGGACGACAGCAGUGAGGAAGAGCAUGCCAUAGAGAUCACUACGCAGGAGAUUACUCAGAUGUUCCAUCGAUGCCAGCGGGCUGUGACGGGUUUGCAGUCUCGCUGUGGUCACUGCACGGAGCAGGAGGAGAGACUCCUGAGGAACGUGGUGUCCUCUCUGGCACAGAGCCUGCAGGACCUCUCCAUAAACUUCCGGCACACACAGUCCAGCUACCUAAAACGUAUGAAGAACCGCGAGGAGAGAUCGAAGCACUUUUUUGACUCGGGGCCUUUAAUGGAAGAAGAUGAAGAUUUAGCUCUAUAUGACAAGGGCUUCACAGACGAUCAGUUGGUGCUGGUGGAACAGAACACGGUUAUGGUUGAAGAACGGGAGAGAGAGAUACGACAGAUAGUGCAGUCCAUCUCAGAUCUGAACGAGAUUUUCCGGGACUUGGCUGGAAUGGUUGUGGAGCAGGGCACCGUUCUGGACAGAAUUGACUUCAAUGUGGAGCAGUCUUGUGUUAAAACAGAAGAUGGAUUAAAACAGCUACAAAAGGCGGAACAGUAUCAGAAGAAAAACCGGAAGAUGCUGGUCAUUUUGAUCCUUUUUGUCAUAGUCUUAGUUCUAAUUGUUAUUCUUUUUGGAACAAAGUUUUAGUGAUGCAUUCUUCUGGCUUUUUAUUUCCUGUCUGAGUGUCUGUUGUGCAUCUGCGUGGACAUGGACUCCAUUCUUCUCCAAACCAAGGCAUCUGCCUUUCCUACCGACUGAGAAACAUCAUAAGCAUUUUCAAAUGCUUUUGAGGCUGCGUGGAGAUUUUUUGUUUGUGUGUUGUUUUUUUUUCUCAAAGAAGCAAUCAGCACUCGGGUUGAGCUGUGGCUGUUUCACUGUUUUAUCGAUCAACAGCCAAGACUGUGCAGAGCCCCUGGUUUGUUGACAUAUCAGUGUCUUAACAAAAGCAAAAAUACUUUGCGUUUGAUAAUGAAUUAUCAAUCUUAAACGGCUAAGUGACGCGUUUCCUGCCUAAACUAAGAGCACGACCCGUGAUAUCUGAGGACGUUUAACUACCAUCUAAUAUCACUGAGGCAUUCGGUUACUGUCGGGGACAAUAGUGAACAUUGAAGGAGUUGCAGUAUGUCCAGUUUUACUGCAGAUUGAUCUUCAGGUCAGCAUUACAUUUACAUUCUGACUCAGUAUUUUACCUCGAAUGAUGUAAAGCCAAUGUCCUGUAUUAGAGCUGCACAAAGUAAGAGAAGAAUAGUUAUUUAGUACCAAAAAUAUUCCUUUGGUUGAAGGACCAUGUGUUUUGUUUUAAUGUUGUGGUCCUUGUUACUCCACUGCUGGUUGGAGGAGGCAGCACACAGCCAUGACCCUCCAUCCCUUCAUCCCUUGAUUUUAAAGUCUGUCCCACACUCGCUGCACUUUUCCUUGCAGCACUCAUCUUGAAACACUCAUUUUGUUGUCCUGGGAUUUGCAUAAAGUGCUACCUUUUUAAACUCUUGCAGUUUGCACAUACUGAGGCCUGAUGGGGAGGUGGGGUUAUGUUUGGAUGUUAUACUACUGUCAUCUAUAUGGUUAAAAAUGUAUUUAUUUUCUGAUAACUUCAAAUGAUCAAGAGCUAUUGUGUUUGUGGAAGAUUUGCUGUAUAUUCAGAAGAGCGUGUGUGUAAAAUGAGCCCACCAGUUCAUGUCCACUCCACUGAACUGAGAACUGUGAUGUUGUCCAACGCAGGCAAAUGAUUGAAGACAGCCUUACAAUGUUAUAUUAUUCUCUUUUUUCAUUCAAGAUUGGACACGUUAUAUUCAUUUGGAAAUUCUUUACACAUUCGUAUGCUCCUUAAAGACCGGUGAAGCUUUAUUAUCUGGACUGAACUCUACACUUUGUACACCUGUUAAAUCAUAUUUGUCAUUGAUGUGAAGUUUUAUGUGAAAAUGGCUGUCUUAGAGGUACUACAUGUGUAUGUUUUGGUCUUUGAAGAAAAAGAGAUGAGAUGGCAACAUUUUUAAUAAAAAGAUAAUAAACCUGCUAUGAUAUGGUGUUUGUGUAUUU